AUACCAUGAGAUAUAACCAAGGAGCUUGGAUCUACCUGGAUUUAAUAUUAGCCUCCGGGAAGUUGUUGCCAAAUGUUUCACCUAUUUGGGGAUCAAUUGCGGCAUUGCUGUGGUACUGCACUAGUAGCCAUUCAUUCAGCAUGAUACCGUCUUCUAUUGUCUGAGGUCUACCUGACAUAUGGUCAUUGCGAUGACUUCACCACAGCCCAUAGCCAAUCACAGGCCUCCGCUGCUCCCUGCCAAACCGGAGGCCCGCCCCCGGCGGCCCCUGCAUCUCAACCUUGAGGAAGGCCAGUUAAGAAAAAGGAUUCAUCUGUUUGAAGAAUUGACCAAUUCAAAAGAUGAAGGGAAGGGUGAAGACACCAACCUUCGGUGCAGGCAACCAAGGGUCAUCAGCCCUGACCAGAAGCGCUGGACGCAACUGGACUUCACCAAUGACGAGACGGGCAAUCGGAAGGAAGUGUCACGACAGAAGCAUAGUCAGCAUAGCAUGCAUCCAGGUCACAAACGAAGCCCACUGUCUCCUCCUCCUCCACCCAAGCCCCUUCCAUCACCAAGGAGAAAAGUGGAGAUCAGAGUGCCACUAUCGAAACCAUUGGUCAACGGGAAGCCAGUGGUGCAAACAAAGCGGGACAGGCCUCUCACAGGAGAUACUAGAGCGGUGAGGGACGAGAAUGUCAGGAACUCUGUGUUGGCAAUUGUCAGCACGUUUGAGAAUGGCAAGUCCUCAAUGGCUGUCGAACGGAAGUCAAAGAUGUUGACUGUUCCAGAGGGCAGUAGGAUACGCACAAGCAGUGAGUCCACAGCACCUAAUGGCACCAUGUCCCUGUCAAGGAGUGGAGCUGACAGCCUAACGCCUCCUGCUCCUCUACAGAAGAAUAGAAUGUCUCGCAGUAUGGACAGCCUGGUGCUAGAAUUUGAGUCAGUUGCAUUUAAUCUUAGUCAGAGCAACACAAGACAUAAAAGCGAUGGUAGUUCAUCACCUGAUUCUGUUCCCCGUACCCCUAGUCCCAUAUUCCAUAAACCACAUCCUGUUCCCCACAACGGAGACCACGAUCCCCAUAGACCAAAUCCUUUACUCCCUAAGCCAGAUCCUGUUCCUCAUAAACCAGAUUCGGUACUCCAUAAACCAGAUCUUCCUACUCACAGACCAGAUUCUGAACUCCAUAAACCACAACCUGCUCCUCAUCGACCAGAUUCUGCACUCAAUAAACCAGAUCUUUCUACUCACAGACCAGAUUCUGAACUCCAUAAACCACACCCUGCUCCUCGUUGCCUAAAUUCUGUACUUCCUAAACCGGACUCUGUACUCCAUAAACCACAUCCUGUUCCUCAUAGUCCAGAUCGUGUACUCCAUAAACCAGAUCCAGUUCCCCAUAGACAAGACCCAGUUUCUCAUAGACCAGAUCCUGUACUCCAUAAAAUGGAUCCUGCUCCUCAUAGACCAGAUCCUGUUCCCAACAAACAAGACCCCGUCCUUCUUGAACCAGAUCCUACACCUGUUAAAACCGAUCCUGUAACUGAUAAAAGAGAUUCCAUUACGUGUGAUGCAAACCAUGGUCCCCAAAAACCAGGAAGAACUUUCGAACAGGACAUAUACAACCAGAGUAAGCUUGAGCAGAGUAAUGGUCAGGUGCAAAUCAUUGUGAAUGGUGAGGAUGAGGAAGGUCAGAACGUGUCCAGAACCAGAUUGGCCAAGCCAAAGCGAACUUACUAUCAGGAUGCGUACGAUAAGAGCAAAGCGUUGCGAUUGAAACAUUGCUUGUCAAAUGGUGACGUCUUGAGGGAGCUGAAAACUGGUCAACCAGUGCCAAGAACAAGAAGUGCAAGGAGAGCCGAUGGGUCUCCAGAAUACUAUCAGGUCAACCCUGAGAACUGCAGUAGAAAUUGCAAUCACAAUGUCGAAACAGAAGAUAAUAACUCUCUGAAUGGGUAUCAUCAAUAUGAGCAGGUGUCUGAGGUCUAUCCCAAACCUGGGAAAAAGGUUGUUGAUUCUCUAGUUAUUGACAACAAUAAUCAGUUGUCAUUCUUGAAUAUUCUUAAGUCACCUGUGAGUCGGAGACCUAGGCUGGCAUCUCCGAUGCCUAACCAGGCAAAAGUCCACCCCACCUCGCGACCCCCUCCACUACCCCAAACUCCACCCCAAUUACCAAACCAUCCCCCACAAAGGCAUCAGCCACCUAACCUCAAACUGAUAUCUCCGGAAACUGUCGCUAAGGAGAGAUCCAAGCUUUUAUCACCGCCCACAUCGCCGAUUGAAGACUUGGGAUGCGUUUCACCAGAAACGCAGCGGCGGAUGACCGAUAGUGCCUUGAUACCGAACCUCUCACCAAGGACCCAUCGGAGAAACGUGGAAGAAACACAGAGGACUAAUUUAUCCCCCAUUAUGGGAGAAUACGCUGAGCCUAUCCUCAUCAAGAGGUCAUUGAGUGAUGAGAGUUUAGCCACUCUGCGGAGACCAUCCCCAAUUGUUGAUAACCAAGGGUAUUCUGUUCCAGGGAGUCAUUUGUGGGAAUCUCCAAAGUUCCACACCAUGAAGCCUAAGGUAAGUCCAAUACUUAAACUGCAGUCUAAAUCUGUGGUUUAACUCAAGGUAGACAAGUGUGUCACAAAUAUUAACAUAAAUGGAAUAUUAUCAUGUUCACUUGCCAAUCUGAAUAUAAAAUCAGAUAUGGCAAUUGGAAGAAAGGACCUAAUUAGAGUUGUGGAGCGUUGUGGCCCAGUGGAUAUGUCUUCUGACUUUGAAACAGAGGGUCGUGGGUUCGAAUCCCAGCCAUGGCGUAAUUUCCUUCAGCAAGAAAUUUAUCCACAUUGUGCUGCACUCAACCCAGGUGAGGUGAAUGGGUACCCGGCAGGAUUAAUUCCUUGAAUGCAUGAGCGCUGAAAGGCAGCUCGAGCUAAAGCCGGGGUAAUAAUAAUAAUAACAACGCGCCUCAGAAUAGAAUAAUUCUAGAUAGAUGGCGCUAUAUAAAUGCCUAUUAUCAUUAUUAUUAUUAUUAAGAGUUUAGUGAGAAGGGCUGGGUUAAUAUAGUUACUUGAAAAAUAAAUAUUGAUUAUUUUAUCUUUAGAUUUUGAACACUUUUCUUUUUCAAACAAUUGGUUGAGCAAUUUUCUACACAACAUGAUUGUUCUUUUUUUAUAUGAACUGUAUAAAAUUUCUCAAUUAUAUUAUUAUUGUCAAUUGAAUGGCUUAAAAAGAUAAGAUCACCAUCGAUAUUGUGAUACCUAUAAAAAUGUUGUAGCUGCAUUUGACUGUAAUAUUCAGCAGAAAUCUUUUCUUUUCUUGUCCUCCUACUUUGGCAUUCAAAGUAACGAGGAUCUGGAAAGUUAAUGUGAAUUACUGCAUGCAUUUUGAGCAAGCAAUACAAAAAAGCAAUUAACUAACGUUUAAGAAUGGCUUUGUUUUUAGCAUGUAUAGAUAGCAUGCUGAUUACUGCAAGCAUUUAUAAAACUGAUAGCUAUUAACAUGAUUCAUUAACAUCUGCUUUGCAACAAAAGCAUGCUCUUCAAAUAUCAGGGACUGUCUCAUGAAGCAAAUACUCUUGUGAUUUCACAGACUUCCUGGUUCUCAGCCAAUCAGAUGCAAGGAUUUCAGUAGCUUAUAACAGUGUUUGUUUUAUGAAAUGCUCCCUAGCAUUAGACUGCUUUCACACAUACUCAUUAAUCUACAUUGAAAACCCAUCGUCAUGAUCACAAUUAUGAAACGAAUUCUGUUUCUUUCAUUCUAGAUAAUGUACAUAUGUACAUCUACAUGUAUGGUGGCCUUAGUUAAGGCUUAAUUUUGUACAUUUCCCCUUUUGCAAUUACAUGUAUUCAUUUAUUUGUCAUGUCUUUUCAUUAUGCUAUAGUGUUUGCUAUAGCACUAUUCAUUUGUAUUUCUUGCAACAUCGUUUAAAGCAAAUUAUUGCAGCUGUGUGUGAAGUCCAUACUGUACAUGUGAGCAAGGUUUCGAACAAACGGGAGGAAAUGGACUGUUUUUGUAAUAGGUAAACGGAAGUUUGUCUUGUACAUUGUAGAGUGUAAAUUGACUUUACUAUUGCAUUAUUAUCUAAACUAACAUCACCUGUAAAAGUCCACAGGUUUCCUUUUGUCAAUUUGUUUUGUUUUUAGUUUAAUGUGGAAGUACUUGUCUAUUCUUUCUUUUGAAUUCUUAAUGUAAGAAAUGCAUGUAUACAAACAUGUUUUGUUUUUUUGUGUUAAGCUUGUUGUCCACAUACGUGUACAUGUAAAUGUUGCUAUUAUUUCAUAUCAGGGAGAAAUGAAACAAAAUUGUAAAUUUGUAAUCAGGUCAUCAGGUCAAAGUAUAUCAUUUUCCCAUAAAGGCUCAACAGAUUUUUUAAUUGAUGUAUUAUAGGACACACUUUUUAGUGCUAAUAAGCCAUUGUCUUGACCAUUUAUUUGUUUGGUUAUUGGAUCGUGUCUCUUUGUCCACAGAUCAUCAUUUCUUCAUUCUGAGGACCUGUUCUGCCUUUUCACAUCACUUGUGCAUUUUCAUUCAUACCAUGCACAGUCCCGUUGGCAGUGGGCAGUGUCCAAAAUCUAACUUUGUACAUCAUUCAUUUUAGUUUAGUUUUAAUGAUAUCCAUAUUUUACACAUUGAACACAUGUCCAUUGUCAUAUUCAUCUACGUGUACAUGAAUUGCACUAUGAAUUUAUACAUUUUUUUUUAAAUGGUUCACCAGUGAAUAGUUAUUCUUUGUCCAAUGUUCUUCAGUUAAAAUUUAUGAAGCCAUCUUGUCAAGCAUCUUGAUACCAAUUUUUUUUAUCACUAUAAUCUUAGUUAAGGCUGAUAGAACUGCUCUAUUUUAUAUUAAAAGUACAUUGAAAAGGAGUGACAAUUAUCUUUCUCUGGGCCUGGAAAGAAAGAAAGACAUGGGGUUCUUAACUACAUUGUAGCUGCAGCAUUGUGAAGUGGUCCUUUGCAAGCUGCAAUGAGAAAUAGUAUUUUUCACUUGUCAAGUUUAAUUCUAGUAUCUACAUACUGUCACACUCUGUGGGACACACAUGAUAUGCAAUGUAGUACAUGAAUUUUUCUACUAAAAGGAGACUACAUGUAGUUUUUCUGCAUAUGUUACAGUCUAUGAGACCUUGGCAUUUAAAGCCAUGUUGUCAGAAGGAUAAGAGCAAAAAGGAUGUUACCGCAAGACCUGUUAUAAGUCUGUAACGUCCUUUUAGCCAUCUACAGUCGCUAUCAAUGUGAAAAGGGGGAGACAUUCUAAUCUCAUUUCUAUGCUGUUCUAUGAGUAGGAGUCAAGAAGAUUAGCAGUUAUGACUGACUGGUUUAGAUAUUUUUUUUCACUUGUUCAGAAGCUAGACAGGUUUUUGAAAAAGAGUGUUUAAAUCUCAGUAAAGUGCAUUGGCCUUGAUUGGCAUACAGUGGAUAAAUGUGCAGUAAGUUGGUU